AUGGCCACCAAGAUCGACAAAGAGGCUUGCCGGGCUGCGUACAACCUGGUGCGCGACGACGGCUCGUCGGUCAUCUGGGUGACUUUUAAGUACGACGGCGCCACCAUCGUGCCCGGGGAGCAGGGAGCGGAGUACCAGGACUUCGUCCUGCAGUGCACAGAUGACGUCCGGCUCUUCGCCUUUGUGCGCUUCACCACCGGGGACGCCAUGAGCAAGAGGUCCAAGUUUGCCCUUAUCACGUGGAUUGGCGAGAACGUCAGCGGGCUGCAGCGAGCCAAGACCGGCACCGACAAGACCCUGGUCAAGGAGGUGGUCCAGAACUUUGCCAAAGAGUUUGUGAUCAGCGAUCGGAAGGAGCUGGAAGAAGACUUCAUCAAGAGAGAGCUGAAGAAGGCGGGGGGCGCCAACUAUGACGCCCAGACGGAGUAG